CACACUUUACAGACAUCUUGGCCAUGAAAUCAACAUGCUGAGAACCAGUGAUUUGCGCCGAAUGAAAUAAUUCAAAUCCGGUGGUCCGGAUGCAGGUACGGGAAUAAGAGACCUCAUAGUUUAAAUUCGAAAUAUCAAAUACGAUUGACAAAAGGUUCGGAUUUCAGAAAGUCUGCUUGAAUUGAGUCCGCGGUUGAACACCAAUCUUCACCUGAGAGCAACUUACAGAACAUUGUCACAAUGGUACCCGGCCUGGUAAACGAGACGCAAAACCCUUCCGGUAUUCCGAUAUCAAAAAAAGUGGUCCUCAGCACAAGGGAUCUGGUUGAGAAGGAGAAGAGUUCACACGACAAGGUGUUGAAGUCAUACAGGCUGCUUAUAGCUGACUUAUGCCAACAAUUCGGUGGUGGGCACCCAGGAGGUGCCAUUGGUAUGGCCGCGAUUGGUAUCGCACUUUGGAAAUAUGUGAUGCGAUAUGCGCCGCACUCCCCGAAAUACUUCAAUCGUGAUAGAUUUGUUCUCUCCAACGGACAUACCUGUCUCUUCCAGUACAUAUUCCUCCACCUUACAGGAUACAAGGCGAUGAGCUUCGAUCAAUUGAAGUCAUACCACUCCGAACGAUAUGAUGCCUUUUGCCCGGGGCACCCCGAGAUCGAGCAUGAAGGAAUUGAGGUGACAACAGGGCCGCUCGGUCAAGGUAUUGCAAACGCUGUGGGUCUUGCUAUGGCUACCAAGCACCUCGCUGCACAGUUCAAUAGACCUGGAUACGAUGUGGUGUCGAACCACACAUGGUGCAUGAUCGGCGACGCUUGUCUCCAAGAGGGUGUUGGCCUGGAGGCGAUUUCCCUUGCCGGGCACCUGCAGCUCAACAACUUGACCGUAAUAUACGACAACAACCAGAUCACCUGCGAUGGUUCCGUUGAUUUGACCAACACGGAGGAUAUCAACGCCAAGAUGAGAGCUACCGGCUGGAGUGUAAUAGAUAUCGAAGAUGGUUGCUAUGACAUUGCCGGUAUUGCAGACGCCAUGGAGAGAUCCAAAAAGUCAGAUAAGCCCACUUUUAUUAACGUCAGGACCAUCAUCGGGCUUGGCUCGAAGGUUCAGGGUAUGGCUGAUGCUCAUGGUGCUGCUUUCGGAGUAGAGGACGUUGCGCAGAUGAAGCGCAUCUGGGGGUUCAGUCCCGAGGAGCAUUUCAACAUCGGCGAGGACGUGCGUGAUUUCUUCAAAGGUCUUCCGGCAAGAGGAGAGCAAUAUGUGCAAGCAUGGAACAAGUUAGUUGAUGAUUACACGAAAGACCAUCCUGAUUUGGCGGCGCGUUUCAGAAAGAGAAUGAAUGGCGAACUGAUUGGUUGGGAGGAGCUCGUUCCCAAACAAUUUCCUGACAAGGACACCGCAUCGCGUGCUGCAUCUGGUUUGGUGUUUAACCCUGUAGCAGAGAAGAUUGACAGCUUCAUGGUUGGAACGGCAGAUCUAUCACCGUCUGUCAACAUGAUCUGGCCAGGUAAAGAAGACUUCCAAAAUCCAAACAUCGAGACAGCCUGCGGCAUCAACGGUUCGUACGCGGGUCGAUACAUUCACUUCGGUGUCCGUGAGCAUGUCAUGUGCGCAGUCUCGAAUGGUCUGGCCGCAUUCAGCCCUGGAACGAUCAUUCCGGUGACUUCGUCUUUUUUUAUGUUCUACUUGUACGCAGCGCCAGCCGUAAGAAUGGGCGCGCUCCAGCACCUACAAGUUAUCCACCACGCUACACAUGACUCAAUCGGCAUGGGUGAAGAUGGUCCUACACACCAGCCUAUUGAGAAUGCUGCGUACUUCAGAGCCAUGCCGAACCUUUUGUACAUUCGGCCGGGUGACAGCGAAGAGACUGCUGGCGCAUGGAUCGCAGCUAUCAAGGCAAACGGAACGCCAUCGAUCAUCUCCACGAGCCGACACAAGCUGCCCCAGCUCAAGCAGACCAGGCGUGAGGGUGUCUUGAAGGGCGCAUACGUGUUAGAGGAAAAUGAAAACGCGAAUAUCACUCUAAUUGGUGUCGGUGCUGAGUUGUCGCACGCUCUUGGUGUUGCGAAGAAGCUUAAGGAGCAAGGUGUAGAAGCGAGAGUCGUCAGCUUUCCCAGCUGGAGACUUUUCGAGAAACAGUCGCGUGAGUACAAGAGAGAUGUUCUGAGGAGGCACCGUGUGCCUUCAGUCGUCAUCGAGCCAUACGCCCCCAAUGGUUGGGAAAGGUACGCCGACGCUGCGGCAUGCAUGACAACAUUCGGUCAUAGUUUGCCGGGUACAUCGGCGUACAAGUACUUUGGUUUUGAUAAUGACUCUUUGACAAAGAAGGUAUUGGGAUACUUGGACCAGGUCAAAACUGAUGAUUUGUUGCGGCACGAGUUCGUUGAGAUUUAACGCGCGCCGAUUUACGGAAUGUUAUCGUUAAAGACCACGAAAAUCGAUAUAUAGUAACGCACCAAUAUAAACUUCUAGUCAUCGUAGGGAAAUAUAUAGGCCUGAUAUACUCACUCAGCGACAUCAGUGUUACAUUGGUAUCUCAUUCUCCUUCGCGACAGAGGAAACAAGUAUGUAAGUUUGAGGUUUCCACCUCAA